AUGACGGUCUACAAUCCGUUCGACUUUUUCGUGGAGGAAAGUGCCGAAGAAUGGCCAUUCGAAUACCCGGAAGAUUUGCGUGACGACCUUCAGAUCUACAGGAAGACGGAACAGCCGGGUCCUCGUCUGGAACAAUUCCUGGCAUCGGUUCCAAGAGAUCGUCUGAGAACAAUCGAUUUCAUCGUCGCCUUAAAUGCCCGCGUCUCGAACGAAAUCGGUUACGUCAUCCGCAUGGAACCGGGUGUCCAGACGCCGGAGGAGACCUUUGAAAGGGGAACAGGCUCUUGCCGGGAUUCCAGCUGGCUUCUGGUUCAGGCCAUGCGUCAUCUGGGCUUCGCCGCCCGUUUUGUUUCAGGUUAUCUCAUUCAGCUGAAACCGGACCUGGAAGCCCUGGACGGUCCGUCCGGCACCGAUCAUGACUUUACGGAUCUUCAUGCCUGGGUCGAGGUUUACCUUCCCGGUGCAGGAUGGAUCGGCCUGGAUCCGACAUCCGGUCUUCUCACAGGCGAAAGCCACAUUCCCCUGGCGGCUACACCGCACUAUUCGAAUGCCGCGCCGAUCGUCGGUGUUGCCAGUGCGGCCGAAGUCGACUUUUCCUUCGACAUGCAGGUUUCCCGCAUCGCGGAGCACCCGCGUAUUACAAAGCCCUUUUCCGAAGAAUCCUGGUCAGCCCUAAAUCGGCUCGGAACCAAUGUCGACCGUGUUCUGGAACAGGAAGACGUGCGUCUGACGAUGGGCGGUGAACCCACCUUUGUGUCCAUUGACGAUUUUGAAGCCGACGAAUGGAAUACGGACGCGGUCGGCCCCACGAAACGGGGACUUGCGGAUAUUCUCAUCCGCCGCUUGCGUGACCGGUUCGCGCCCGGUGGAUUUCUUCACUACGGCCAGGGAAAGUGGUACCCGGGCGAAACCCUGCCACGCUGGACAUUUUCGCUCUACUGGCGGCGCGACAAAAAACCGAUCUGGCGCGAUCCCGGCCUCAUCGCCGAAGAAGGCGAAGACACCGGAAUAGAUGCGGACAAGGCUCAGACCUUCAUGCAACGGGUUGCCAGUCGCCUCGACCUGGAAACCGAUUGUGUGGUCCCGGCGUACGAGGAUCCCGCUGUCUGGCUGGUGAAGGAAGCCAAUCUUCCGGCAAACGUUACACCUGACAACUCGGAACUGGAGGAUGCGGAGGCGCGUCACCGGAUCGCCCGCGUUUUCGACAGGGGACUUGCGACGCCUGCCGGAUACGUUCUGCCGAUCCAGCGCUGGCAGUCCAAGGCAGAUGGCGGUCGUUGGCGAUCCGAAAACUGGAAGCUGCGCCGCAAGGCAUUGUUCCUGAUACCCGGUGACAGUCCCGUCGGAUACAGAUUGCCUCUGGAAUCCCUGCCCCAUGUACCUCCGGCCAGCUAUCCCUACACGAACAUACUCGAUCCGACCGUGCCGAGGCCGCCACUGCCCGAAUUCCCCGCAGGCCCCCGUCCGGAGCGGCCUCAGGGCAUUGCCCGGUUCACGGCGAACGACCCUAGUCAGGUCAGGCAGGAACAGGAACUUCCUGAAGACGAUCUUGACGACGACGCGGUUCGCACGGCCUUGUCGGUCGAACCCAGAGACGGCAGGCUCUGUGUGUUCAUGCCGCCUGUCGAACAGCUUGAGGACUACCUGGAGCUGAUCUCGGUCGCCGAAGCGGCAGCGGAGGAACUCGGCCUUCCCGUCCAUAUCGAAGGCUACCCGCCGCCAACCGAUCCACGCAUGAACGUUAUCCGAGUUGCUCCUGAUCCCGGUGUGAUCGAAGUCAAUAUCCACCCGGCGACAAGCUGGCAGGAAUGCGUCUCGAUCACCGAAGGUGUCUAUGAAGAAGCGCGGCAAUGCCGGUUGGGCGCCGACAAGUUCAUGAUAGACGGCAAGCACACCGGCACAGGGGGUGGCAACCACGUUGUUGUUGGCGGGGCGACACCUCUCGACAGUCCGUUCCUCAGACGUCCGGAUCUGUUGCGCAGCCUGAUCCUGCACUGGCAGCGCCAUCCCAGUCUGUCCUACCUUUUUUCCGGGCUUUUCAUAGGUCCGACAUCACAGGCCCCACGUGUGGAUGAAGCGCGCCACGACGGUCUCUACGAACUUGAGGUCGCGCUUUCCCAGGUCCAUCGCCCCGACGAGGGUCCUGCACCUUUCCCGUGGCUGUUGGACCGGCUCCUGAGAAACAUUCUCGUUGAUGUCACCGGCAACACGCACCGGGCGGAGAUCUGCAUCGACAAGCUGUAUUCCCCCGACGGUCCGACCGGGCGAUUGGGUCUUGUUGAAUUCCGCGGUUUCGAAAUGCCACCGGAUCCGCGCAUGAGCCUGGCGCAGCAACUUCUGCUCAGGGCCCUGAUUGCGCGACUCUGGUCGAGGAUGUCCACCUGGAACUCCGUCAGGCACUCGAACCGUGGCAUGUGCUUGGCGAAACCGGUGCGAUCGGCGGAACUGUGCGUGCGGCCCGUUUGGCGUCCUUUUCUGGAUCAUCUGUCAUCCAUGAGUCCGGAAGAUAUCAGCGACCGGUUCGCGCGGGGGAACCAGUAUCUGAAUGACGCUGGUGUUUAUUUUCGGCAAUACGGUCAGAACGAAGCACUGGAGCGGGAAUGGCCACUCAGCCAUAUCCCCGUGAUCAUAAGCGAAAGCGACUGGCAGAUUAUUGCAGAAGGCCUUGUUCAGCGGGCAGAGUUGCUGGAAAAGGUCGUCGGUGAUCUCUAUGGUGACAACAGGCUUGUGUCGGAAGGGUAUCUUCCGGCAAGCCUGAUUGCCGAAAGCACUGAAUGGCAACGCCCCCUGGUUGGCAUUACCCCGCCGUCAGACAACUUCCUUCAUUUUCUUGCAUUUGAAAUCGGCCGCGGCCCCGACGGAACCUGGUGGGUUCUUUCCGACCGGGCACAGGCGCCUUCGGGCGCAGGGUUUGCGUUGGAAAACAGGGUUGCCACCGGACGCGUGUUCAAUGAAUUCUUCGCCAGGGCGAAUGUCCACAGGCUUGCCGGUUUCUUCCGCCGGUUCCGCGAUCAUUUGCUGGAUCUGCGCGGAGAACAGGACAGCCGGGUCUCGAUCCUGACACCCGGCCCGCUCAACGAUACCUAUUUUGAACAUGCCUAUAUUGCCCGCUAUCUCGGAUUCAUGUUGCUGGAAGGUGAGGAUCUGACCGUCGAAAACGGGCACUUGAUGGUCCGCACGGUUGCAGGACUGAAGCCGGUCAGUGUCUUGUGGCGGCGGCUCGACUCGGCAUGGACCGAUCCGGUUGAACUCAACGAGGAAUCGCAUCUCGGCACGCCCGGCAUGGUGCAGGCCGUCCGUGAGGGCAACGUGACGAUGAUCAAUGCCCUGGGGACCGGCAUUCUGGAAACCCGCGCCCUGCUCGCGUUCCUGCCGCGGAUCUGCCAGCACCUUCAGGGAGAGGGACUGAAACUGCCGAAUGUCGCCACGUGGUGGUGCGGUGAAGAGACGACACGUUCCUAUGUGAAAGAGCACGCCGAAACCAUGAUGUUCAGCCCGGCUCGCUCAACUGCCCUGCCUUUCACUUCUUCGCAGACGGAUUUCAUCGGAAAGGACUCCGACAAAUUCCGCAAAGGCAUCCUUGAAAACUGGAUAGACAGCGAAAAAGGCAAUCUUGUUGCACAAGAGGCCGUCACUCUGUCGACAACCCCGGCCUAUGACGAAGGCCUGCUUGUCCCGCGACCGAUGAGCCUGCGCGUCUUUCUGGCGCGCACCCACAAGGGGUGGGAAGUCAUGUCUGGAGGAUUUGCACGGAUCGGCAAGGGGGAAAGUGCCAGCGCGAUCGCAAUGCAGACGGGGGGAUCGGCAGCCGAUGUCUGGAUUGUCGGUGAGCGUAAACCCUACAGGGAAACCCUGCUGCAUCAGACCGAGUCUCCUUUCUUCAAAUCACAACCCGGUUCGCUGCCGUCGCGGGCGGCGGAUAAUCUGUUCUGGCUCGGUCGCUAUGUGGAGCGCGCGGAAGGCGCAGUGCGACUGCUGCGUGCUUAUCAUGCACGCCUGAUGGAAACAGCGGACCCGGAUGCACCUCUUGUGGCAAAGACAGCUGACUAUCUGGACAAGAUCGGUGUUCCACCGGAAAAUCCUGUACCUGAGGGUCUGUGUGAGAUGCUGCAAUCGGCGGUGAACAGUGCCGGCAAGGUCCGGGAUCGUUUUUCAGUGGAUGGAUGGCUGGCUCUCAACGAUCUCGCGCAAACCGCUAAUGGCGCAAGACGUGUCAUGAACGAAAACGCCGAUAUUCCCCGAGCAAUGAGCCUGUUGCUGCGAAAGAUCACGGGUUUUUCCGGGUUGGUACACGAAAACAUGUACCGGUUCACAGGCUGGCGAUUCCUGAGCAUUGGACGCGCGCUUGAGCGCGCAAAUCGCAUGACGGAUCUUCUUUCGGUCUUCACUGGUCCGAACGCUCCGGAAGGGGCUCUGGAAAUGCUGCUUGAAGUCGGUGACAGUGCCAUGUCGAUGAGCCGCCGCUACGCCGUUUCGCUAAGUCAUGCAACUGUUCUGGACCUGCUUGCCAUGGAUCCCAAGAAUCCACGUUCGGUCAUGUACCAGCUGACGGACAUGAAGGAGCACAUAAGCGUGCUGCCGGGCGCGACGGACCGUGGUUACCUGUCAGAUCUCGCGCGCGCGAUUCUCCAGGUUCACACCAACCUUGCCGUCGCAACACCGGAGACUUUGACGCCCGAAGCCCUGGAGGAAAUCAAGGACCAGAUCGCUUUCCUUUCGGUGGAGGUUACCGAUGCCUACAUCCGUCCGGCCAACUCGGGGCGCCAUGCACUUCGGCUGGUCCCCGCGACGAUACCGGGCGAACAGCAUCUUGAGUCUUCCAGCAUCAGGCUUUCACCGGGCCCGUCUGAACGCCGGGACAGAAUUGACUUUUUCGGCAAUGCAGUCACCGAUGUCGCCUACCGAAGACCGCAUAGCGAACUGGUUUUCAGUCUGGCCGCCAGGAUCAACCGGACGGCAACACCCGAAGAGUUCGAUAUCUCGCCACCCCUGAAAAGCCUGGGAAGGGAGCUGCGUGCAAUACAAUCGCUCAAGCCGGAUGAACCCGUUCAUUUUCUGACUGCGUCGCCGCGCCUGCCGCUUGCACCGGCGUUUGCCGUUUAUGCCCGGCAACAUGCGGCCCCGGACAUGAGCGCAAUUUCCGCCGUCGAGACAAUCGGCAGGGCUUUGCAUGCCGAUAUGGACUUUGACGCGGAUGCAACCACCGUCGACACACCUGCGCUUGAAGCCUUCGAACGCCGUCACGGCGUUUGCCAGGACUUUUCCCACAUCAUGAUCGCCUGCCUCAGAAGUAUCGGUAUUCCGGCGGGCUAUGUGAGCGGCUUCCUCAGGACUAUUCCACCUGAAGGCAAACCGCGCCUGGAAGGCGCCGACGCGAUGCAUGCCUGGAUACGCGCCUGGUGCGGCAUCGAUGUUGGCUGGAUCGAGUACGACCCGACCAAUGCCCUUCGGGUCGGACAGGACCAUAUCGUUGUUGCCCGAGGCCGGGACUACGGCGAUACGGCUCCGGUGAAGGGUGUCCUGAGAACCUCAGGCACCCAGACCACCGACCACAAGGUAGAUGUGAUCCCGCGCUGA